CGUGCGCCACGUGCUGGCCCGGCGGCCCCGACCGGAGCUGCUUCAGGCGGAGGCGGGGCGCGGGGCUGGUCGCUCGGUCCUGACUUGGAGUGCGGCGUCGGUUGCACCUUCUCUCUUUUCGUGGGGAAGACUUGACUGCCGGACCCCUGGUUGUCCAACAGGUUUGCAUUUCCUCCCUCUUUGUGAACAAUGUCAGAGAAAACACAGCCUACAGUGAAUGGGCCAGAAGAAGAUGGGCCUGUUCCCUGUAAGCAGGCGAAGGUAGAUGAGUCUGACAAGCUGUCCACAUUAAAUUUCGACAGCCCCACUGCUCUUUUUGAAAGUUUAAUCUCACCCAUCAAGGUAGAGACUUUUUUCAAGGAAUUCUGGGAACAAAAGCCCCUUCUCAUCCAGAGGGAUAACCCUUCACUGGCCACCUAUUACCAGUCUCUGUUCAGAUUCUCAGAUCUGAAAAGGCUCUGCCUUCAAGGGUUGUAUUAUGGAAAAGAUGUGAAUGUCUGCCGGUGCAUCAAUGGGAAGAAGAAGGUUUUAAAUAAGAAUGGCAAAGUACACUUCCUUCAGCUGAGAAAAGAUUUUGAUCAGAAGAGGGCAACAAUUCAGUUUCAUCAACCACAGAGAUUUAAGAAUGAGUUUUGGAGGAUCCAGGAAAAGCUGGAAAGUUACUUUGGCUCCUUGGUCGGCUCGAAUGUAUACAUGACUCCAGCAGGAUCUCAAGGCCUCCCUCCCCAUUAUGAUGAUGUCGAGGUUUUUAUCCUGCAGCUGGAGGGAGAGAAACACUGGCGUCUCUAUUCCCCAACAGUGCCCCUGGCACGUGAGUACAGUGUGGAGCCUGAGACCCGGAUUGGCACACCAACGCACGACUUCAUAUUGAAGCCUGGUGAUUUGUUGUACUUUCCCAGAGGGACCAUUCAUCAGGCAGAAACUCCAUCAGGCCUGACGCACUCUACUCAUGUGACCAUUAGCACCUACCAGAACAAUUCAUGGGGAGAUUUCCUUUUGGAUUCCAUUUCUGCGCUUGUAUUUGACAUUGCAAAGGAAGAUGUGGCAUUAAGGACUGGAAUACCCCAGAGGAUGCUCAUGCAAGUGGAAACCCCGACUGCUGCAAAGAGAAAGGUGAGUGGCUUUCUCAGGACUCUUGCAGACCAGCUGGAGGACAGAAAAGGACUGCUGCCAUCAGACAUGAAGAAGGAUUUUGUCAUGUGCAGACUUCCUCCUUACUUCUUGGAAAAUGGAACAGAUUUGUUGGAACCAGCUGAAAAGUUCCCAACGCUGGACAGCACAAUAAGACUGCAGUUUAGAGACCACGUUGUCCUCACAGUAGGGCCAGAUGAGAAUCAAUCUGAUGAAGCUCCACAAAUGAUGGCUUACAUCUAUCAUUCUCUGAAGAAUCUGAGACAGGCACACAUGAUGGGAAAAGAUGAGGAAACACAGGUGCAGUGUGAACCACCAUUGUACUUGAUUGAUAGGACACUUGCACAGGGAUGGAUGAUUACGGCAGCAGCUAAGUGUGAUGAAUGCCAAGCAUUCUGCAACAACUUUACUGUUGAUUGAAGUACAUUGUUACUUCUAUGAAUUAUCUAAUUACCGUUGAAGUAAAUAAUUUUUUCUAAAACAAAUUUCAUAUGAGAGAAUUAUAUAAGCUUAUGCAAAAAUCUAGAAUUUUCUUUUCCUUUGGUACUAAACAAUCUAUCCCU